CGACCGCGGGCUGCCCAGCGUGCCCGACCCUUCCCCCUGGACGUGCGCAAGCUGCUGGUGGCGGGCAACCGCAUCCAGCACAUCCCCGAGGACUUCUUCAUCUUCUACGGCGACCUGGUCUACCUGGACUUCAGGAACAACUCGCUGCGCUCGCUGGAGGAGGGCACGUUCAGCGGCUCGGCCAAGCUCGCCUUCCUCGACCUCAGCUACAACAACCUGACCCAGCUGGGCGCCGGCGCCUUCCGCUCGGCCGGGAGGCUGGUCAAGCUGAGCCUGGCCAACAACCGCCUGGCGGGCGUGCACGAGGCCGCCUUCGAGACCCUGGAGUCGCUGCAGGUGCUGGAGCUCAACGACAACGACCUGCGCGGCCUCAGCGUG